UUUAAUGCCAUUUGAGGCAAAACUUGUCAUUCAAUUGAAAGUCUUGUUUCACAACAAAUGCUUUCAUUGAAAAUGUUGUUAUUUUGAAAUCCUGUCAAAAAUUUUGAUUAAAUUUAAUUAAUAUAUAACAUAAUUACCAUUACAAGUGACCACACAAUUAUCACAAUCACCAUAAAUGCCAGCCUUUCACACCAAAACCAUCGAAAGCAUCUUAGAGCCGGUCGCACAACAGGUCUCUCGGCUCGUAAUUCUUCACGAAGAGGCUGAAGAUGGCAAUGCUAUGCCAGACCUGGAAAAGCCGGUGCAAGCGGUUAGUAGGGCUGUGACCAACUUAGUUAAAGUUGGCAAAGAAACCAUCAAUAGUAGUGAUGACAGUAUCCUUAAGCAAGAUAUGCCGGCAUCCCUUCAACGCGUCGAAAGGGCGUCCAAACUGCUAGAAGAAGCUUCUGCUUUGCUUAAAGUGGAUCCUUAUUCACAACCGGCCAGAAAAAAGUUGAUUGAAGGCGCCAGAGGUAUACUUCAGGGAACUUCAUCUCUAUUAUUAUGUUUUGAUGAGUCGGAAGUGAGAAAAAUAAUUAAAGAAUGUAAGAAAGUGUUGGACUAUUUGGCCGUUUCCGAAGUCAUCGAAACUAUGGAAGAUUUGGUUCAAUUUGUGAAAGACUUAAGUCCUGGCCUUACAAAAGUGUCGCGUGAUGUGGACAGUCGUGAAAAGGAGUUGACCCAUCAGGUGCACCGGGAGAUAUUGAUUCGUUCACUAGAUUCAGUCAAAACAUUGGCUCCGGUUCUCAUAUGUGCUAUGAAAAUAUACGUCCAAUUAUUAGCCCAGGGUAAGAAGACGGAAGAAGCGGCAGAAAAUCGUAAUUAUUUGACACAACGAAUGACAGAUGAAAUCAAUGAAAUUAUUAGAGUUCUUCAACUGACCACUUAUGAUGAGGACGAAUGGGAAGCCGACAACUUGACUGGUAUGAAGAAAGCUCAGAACGCAAUCAUAGGUAAACUCCGUGCGGCUCACGACUGGCUCGAAGAUCCCACAGCUGUUGUCGGAGGUAUUGGAGAGAAAUCAUUGCGCGCUAUAUUAGAUUAUGCCUUAAAAGUUGCCGAAAGAGCUCUUCCUUCAGAUAGAGAGGCUAUCAGAAAAAUGGUGGGCGAUCUCACUGCUACUACCAAUGCUUUAUGUGAAUUAAGAUCUGAAGGAAAAGGUGGUACACCUCAAGCUCAGUCACUCGCAAGAGGUAUCGAUCAAAAAUUAAAAGAAUUGAAUGCAUUGGUUGGACGUGCCAUUCAAAAUGUUGAACGAAGUGGUGUUCAACAACCAGCACAUACCGUCUUUGGUAGAGUAGAUCAGGCGCUCAAAUGGUUGGAUAAUCCCGGUUUUGAUGACAAAGGUUUAGGAUCUCAAGCAAUACAAGCAAUUGUAGACGAAGGCCGUCGAUUAGCUCAGUCAUGUUUACCCGCUCAACGUCAAGAUAUCUUAGGCUUAUGUAAUGAAGUCGAGUCACUUAGUCGUCAAUUGAAUGAUUUGUGUCGUCGAGGACAAGGAAACACACCACAAGCUCUUGAGAUCGCUAAGAUCUUAUCAAACAAACUUCAAGAACUUAAAAAACAAAUUGAAAGAGCUUUAGUUACAAGAGUUGUUGAAGAUUUUAUUGAUAUAACGACUCCACUCAAACAAUUCACUGAAGCCGUGUUAGCACCAGAAGGAACACCUAAUCGUGAAACUAAUUUUCAAGACAAAGCUAUUAAUUUGACUAACUUUUCACAACGUGCCGCACAAACGGCCCGAAAUGUGGCCUCUGGAAGUGCUCCCAACAAACGUCUUGCUGAAAGUUUGAUGACAUCAGCCAAUCAUAUCGAUAGUUUAACCCCACAAUUAGUUAGUGCCGGUCGUAUUAGACUUACUCAUCCCGACAACAAAGCAGCCGACGAGCACUUCGAGAAUUUGAGAAAACAGUAUUUAGAUAUUAUUCAAAACAUGAGGAAUAUGGUCGACGAAGCCGUUGACACAGUUUCCUUCAUUAAGGCUUCUGAGGACUCUAUACUAAAGUUUACGGCUUUAUGUGAGAAUGCAAUAGUCAACCGACAACAGCAAAGUAUGGUCGACAAUACGUCAAAUAUUGCACGACUGGCCAAUCGGGUGUUAAUGGUGGCCAAAUCAGAAUCAGAUAACUCAGAAGAUCCAAAUUUUAUCAGUCGAGUCAAUAGAGCUGCAGAUGAGUUACAAUCGAGUGUUCCAGUGAUGGUCCAGGAUGCCAAGAAUGUUGCCAUUAAUAUAACUGAUCCAAAAGCUAUAUCUCGAUGGAGGGAUUCUAACAGAGCUUUAAUCAAUGCUGUCGGGGAUGUAAAGAAAGCAGUUACUGUUGAACCACCACCUGAUUUGUCGUCUCUUUAUAUUAACGUCCAACCGUCAGCUCCCGAACCCGUUAAGGAGUUGACAUUUGAAGCGGAUUUCAAUGAUAUAUUUUCUUCUUUGGAUGAUUUUAUACCUCAAAAUCAGAGUCGUAUUGAUAUUCAAAGUACUCAAAGACAAGUGACUCAAUUACAAGCUCAGCCCCAAAGACCAGUCGUUACAUUUAAUGAACAGACAGACUAUGCACCUCCUCGUCCACCUCCACCAAUGACGGACUCUGCACCUCCCAGACCUCCACCACCAGAAACAGACGAUGAAUUUGAAAUUCAAUUUCCUGUUUUACAGCCAAACCAACCAAUUAUGAUGGCGGCCCAUGAUUUGCAUCUGGAAGUGAAGCAAUGGUCGAGUAAAGAAAACGAGAUCAUAGCGGCCGCUAAAAAGAUGGCACUUUUAAUGGCAAGACUUAGUCAGCUAUGUGGAGGAGAGGGCGGAACCAAAAAAGAUUUGAUUGCUUGCGCUAAAGCUAUUGCUGAAGCAUCUGAAGAAGUGACACGACUGGCCAAAGAUCAGGCAAAACUCUGUACCGAUAAACGGAUGAGAACUAAUAUUCUUCAAGUUUGUGAAAGAAUUCCAACAAUUGGAACUCAAUUAAGAAUAUUAUCUACAGUUAAGGCAACGAUGUUAGGCGCUCAGGGAUCUGAAGAGGACCAGGAGGCAACUGAGAUGUUGGUCGGAAAUGCUCAGAAUCUUAUGCAAUCUGUUAAGGAAACAGUGCGCGCGUGUGAGUCCGCGUCCAUCAAAAUACGUACUGACAGUGGUUUGCGAGUGCGUUGGGUUCGUAAGCAGCCCUGGUAUCAGUAUUAGACAUAUUUUAUAUCAUAAUUAAAGUUAGUUAAAGUAAUGUUAUUAAUCAAUACUAUUUAACUAACACAAGUCCAGUGGGUUCACUGCCAUCGAUACAUGUUUUAAUGUAUAGAUUACUUUGUAAUCUUCUUU